CCAGUCCAUGAGACACAAACGUCAACGUAGACACCGCAGUUGACGUCAAGGAGGAAGGAUGAAAGUGGUGUACAUGCUGGUCCUCCUUUCCCUCGGUAUCUUUCCAAAAGGAGCUUCUUAUAUCGUAUACCAAUUUGAGAGACUCGUUCCUCUGGAUAACUCCCGACUUGAGGAACUUGUAGGUAAAGUGAAAAGUCUGAGAAAUUAGAGGACUGUGUACGUAUCUGCGUGCGAGAUGAUGUCUGCGUUGCCAUGUCGUACAGUGGGACCAAGUGCUCCAUCUACAGAUCGUCUGUGUCAAGAUCCGGAACGUCAACAGGCACCAUUACAUUCUUGAAGCAUGGAGCCCUACCAACGCCUGACCCUUGCCCCGUGUCUGAAGGCUACACCUCUGUUCUAUCCCCCCGCAUGUGUUACAGACUUCACACGAAACGGAAGACAUCGCCACAGACUCACAACCUAUGUGAAAAAGAGGGCGGUAGACUGAUGAUCCUUAACACAGAUGAGAAAUAUGACCACAUGGCUGCUUACACCAAAAGGAUCGAUUCACGACCGUGGAUUGCACUGUUUGUGAAGGGGAAAAACAAUUAUGAAUGGUCAGACGGUUCAACGUACAUUCGAAGCGGGGCUAAAAGUCUGACGAAGUUCUACAUAGGCUAUGGCGCCUGUGGGUUCCUAUACAGAGGGGAAAUUCGAAGCCGAUACUGUAAGAAUGGGUAUGAGUACUUGUGUGAAAUACUCGUCGCCUGAGACAUGGAAACGGACAUUGACUGUGCUGUGCUCUGCUGUGCAGUGCGGAGCUGAAUUGAGCUGGACCUUGCUGUGUCGUGCUGUCUAAUGCAACACUAUGUCUUGUCGUAUUGUGUUGUGCUGUAAUCUGCAGUGCUGUGUCGGGUUAACUGACUUGAGCUGACUUGAACUGACUUGA